AUGUCUACUGCUCUUUAUACAGCGAAUGACUUUGUUCUUCUUUCGCUACCUGAGAAGACGAAACCGGCAACUUCGCCAAGUUUGAGUGCCGAUAAAUGGUUGCAAGAGAGUUUGAUUGGUGGCAGAGCUUUUGUAUCUGAUUUUAAAGUCCCUGAAUUCAAGAUUGGAUCAUUGGAUAGUCUUAUUGUGGAGUCUGAGGAAUUGGCCAAACACGAUACUCAGAUCGGUGGUUCGAUCGCCAAAAUUGUGGAGAUCCUAGGUGGAUUAAGUGAAGCUGGGACGAACGCUUACAAGACACUUCCUAUAAAUAAUGUACCUGUCCCAGAAUAUUUGGAAAAUUUCCAUUGGCAAACUAGGAAGUUUAAAUUGGACAAGAGUAUCAAUGAUUUGAUGAACUUGAUUUCUAAUGAGGCUGCCCAGUUGGAUGCAGAUGUGAGAGCGACUUAUGCGAACUAUAACAAUGCCAAGACCAAUCUUGCUGCUGCAGAGCGGAAGAAGACUGGUGAUUUGUCCGUCAGAUCUCUGCAUGAUGUCGUGAAACCACAGGAUUUCAUCCUGAACUCGGAGUACUUGACCACAAUUCUUGUGGCUGUGCCCAAGAGUUUAAAAGCUGACUUUGAGAAAAGUUACGAGACCCUUGCCAAGAACGUUGUGCCCGGGUCAGCAGGCGUCAUCGCCGAGGAUGCAGAGUACAUACUUUACAACGUUCACUUGUUCAAGAAGAGUGUUCAGGAUUUUUCAGCAAAGGCUAGAGAAAGAAAAUUCAUUCCUCGUGAGUUUAACUACUCAGAAGAGUUGAUCGAUCAAUUGAAGAAGGAGCACGAUUCUGCUGCCAGUCUCGAACAAAAUCUACGCGUUCAAUUAGUUAGAUUGGCAAAGACCGCAUAUGCUGAUUGUUUUAUCAAUUGGUUUCACAUCAAGGCCCUUCGUCUCUACGUUGAAUCCGUGCUACGUUAUGGGUUACCUCCACAUUUCAACACCAAGGUGAUCGCAGUACCUCCAAAGAACUUGUCAAAAUGUAAAGCAGAGUUGAUUGAAGCCUUUGGAUUCCUCAGCGGGAAUGCUUUCACUAGAGACAAACAAGGUAAGAUUGUGAAACAAGAUACCAGUUUGCACCAAUACGCACAAUUGGUCGAUACAGAAUAUGAGCCAUUCGUUAUCUACGUUAUAAACUUGUAG